CAUCGGUGUGCCCUGCUUGUUCUUUGCACGUCUUAACAUUCUCCUAAUAAAGCCUUCGCUCCCUCUGCCACCUGAUGAGCUGAUAUAUUUACCCCGGCUAGCCCUAGACUAAGAUUGUCUGAAAGUCGGGCAUACCACAGUUUGCAUGGCCACCGCAUCAUCAAUGACAAUGUCGCCAUCUGUGCCACCAUUGUCUUCUAAUGAAUCAUCACCUACUACAUCCUUUGACAUCGUCAAGUAUUACAAUGAGCUCCUCCAGGCAGAUUCUCAGAUCACACCGCCUAUAGCCGCCAUCGAAUCCCUGAUCUCUCUCCUAGCAACGACGCCCUUGACCACCAUUUCCGAAACUCUCGCCUUAUUAUCGACUCACUCCACCAAACUUCUCUCAUCACAGCAAAAUCCCAUUCCACUAUUCGCGGGGACAGACCUCUUCCAGCGCUAUUUGGUCUCAUCUUUUCAGCAACGCCCUUCCUCUCUCGCAACCUCAGACUUUACAGCCCUUCGCCACCAGAUCAUCACCAACUCGUCGCUCUUUGUAAAACGCGCCAACGAAGCUCGCAAUAAAAUCGCCCAUCAAGCCGCCCAAUUCAUUCGUGACGACUCCACCGUCAUCACCUAUGGAUAUAGCCGUGUGGUUCACACCUUACUAACCCAUGCCGCCGAGGCUGGUCGGUAUUUUAAUGUCCUCUAUGUCCUGCCCGCUAGUGGUCUGUCGCAGACCAUUCAGGACUCGAUUUCCGAGCUGAAAAAGCUCUCCGUCCCAACAACAACCAUUCCAAUUCAUGCUCUCCACUUUGCGCUUGCAUCCUUGCCAGCGUCGUCACCGCCACCUCAACUCGUCACGGGCGCCAGUGCUGUGCUGGAAAAUGGUUCCAUAAUCACCCAAUUUGGAACGCACCAAAUCGCGCUUACAGCCAAGUCUGUGUCAAUCCCACUCUAUGUCGCAGCCGAAUCAUAUAAAUUCGUUCGCAAAUUCCCCCUCGGUUGCGGCCAGAGUGACCUUGCCCAACUCGGUGUCAAGCAAGAUGUCCUAAGGUUCGAAACUGCUGACUCUGAUACCGAAGCGGAGGGCCGGGAAAGUGGAAAGCGUGAGCCUAAAUCCGCUAAAACGGCGAGCCAGCCUUGCAUCACCAACAUUGACGACAUGGUCGAGAUCACGCCUCCCGACUUGAUCUCAGCUCUUUUCACUGAGACGGGAAUCAUGACUCCUGAUGCUGUCAGCGAGGAACUCAUCAAGCUAUGGUUUUAGACACAGACCAAUUUUGAGAUCGAUUCACGUUCCAAGAUACUGGUGAUAUUCCCAGCCUCGGCCGAUUACAGCAUGAGAAUCUGAGCUGCUUGAACAUGAGAGCCUACCAUUGAUAGUUCAAAACAUGUCGCCUUCAAGAUCUCUCCAACAGAUUCUCUCAAUCAUCGGCCUCAGCAUUGAAAAGCUUGUAAUCAUGAGGAAUGGCGAGACCUCGCAGAAUUCGCUAUGAUUUGCGAUGAAUCAUAGGCUCUCCUCUAGGCUAUGCAUGCUCCUAUCGGGCAUUCAAGUUGCGUCCUGCCAGGAUUCAAGAUGAAUGAUGGCCGCGGAGCAAGAGACAUAUGUAACAUGACAAUGAUCAGCAGCGGCGGCGGCGUCGACAACAACAGACAAACGCACAACCCAUCGCAAAGAACAUGGUCUCGGUCAUCCCAAAAUAAAAUCACGUGUAUGAUCAAAUCACGUGCUGGGACCGGACCGUCUUUGGCUAGGGCGGAUCUGGACACUCCCUGCCGAACCGUGGGAUCUGGCAGGCAAAGAGAGAACUAGCCCACGUCAAUUUGGGCCGACAGCGUUUUAGAUAAGAACGGGUAUCCAGUGCCGCCUGUCGACAAGCCCGCGCAGGUUGUUUUGUCGCCGAUACUCGCUUAAUGUUGGCUAUACAUGUGUAUGAAAACGAGAAUAGGUCUCAUCAGCAGAAUGAUAUUUUCGAGGUCACAAAAUUUUUGGAUUGUUUGACAUAAACGACGUUU